AUGGCCAGUCUUCAUCUUGAUGGUCUUUCUUUCCUUAGGAUCACCGUAACCGCCUCCUCCUGGAGUCAACACUGCAAUGUACAUUCCUUUUUGCAGGGUAACAUCGGCAAACGGACCAAGUCCAAACCAUUGAAUGGUGCCAUCAGAAAGCAACUUUCCAAUCUUGUUGACACCGCGGGCUCCACAACUUCCACCAGCCAUACCGCAACCCUCGUUGAGAGGAACGUCCGAGUUGAUGAUGCAUCUGAGUCCGUAAAUGACACAGGCGUGGGUAACAGCAAUUGGAGAGUUUUGAGGACUGUAGACCUGCUCUGUUGUACCAGUGAAAUCGUAGACCGCAGAACCAUCUUCCUCGUUGAUAUCAAUACUGACCACAAUCUUGGAUCCAGUGUCCAAAACUUCUUCGGCUCUCAAUGUAAACAGUCUGAUUCUUCCAUCAAUGAACACUGGCGAAAUCAAGGUAAUAUCUGGCAAGUGAGUUCCUCCGGCAAUUGGGUGAUUGGUAGCAAGAACAUCACCUUCCUUGAUUUGAUCUCCCCAGUACUUGAUGGCGUACUUGAUACUGAAGCUCAUGGAUCCCAAGUGGACUGGAACGUGAGGAGCGUUGGCGGUCAAGUUACCGUCUUCAUCGAACAACGCACACGAGAAGUCCAUUCUUUCCUUGAUAUUGGCGGAAACCGAAAUCUUUUGCAGAGUUCUUCCCAUAUCUUCGGCGAUGAACAUGAACCUAUUAGAGAACACAGACAACAGAAUCGGAUCAACAUAGUCCAAUGA